CUCGCGCGCCUGCCUGUGCGCGUGCACCGUUAACCCCUCCCCCUUUCCCUCUCUCCUUUUUUCAUAUUGGCUGAGGGCUCCUCUGGAAGGGGAGGAGCCGCUCACCUGAAGGAGAGCGUUGCUGAGGCUCCGCCCACUUGAAGGAGGAAGGUGUGAGCAGGAGAGGAAAAGCAGAGGAGGAGGAGGAAGAGGAAGGAAGCAGGGUCUUUUUGUUUUUAGGGGGCUUCCCCCUUUUUUCCAACCUGGAAAGGGGCCAUUUUAUUUGAGGAAAGGGGAGGCUGCUUAACCCCCUCCUGCGCAUGGGGACUAGUGUCUCCUUCCACAACGAGAAAUGUCGGAGCUGAGGAGGCGAGGAGGCGAGGGAGAUCAUGAGGCCGACAACAUCCUUGACAAGGGUGUGGAUGGACAUGAAAAACUUCCAGAGCUAGAUCUCAGAACUGAUUUAGAUGUUCCUGAAGUUGUUGCAACCGCAGACAGCACUCCAGAAAUUUUAAAGAAGGCCCUUUCUGGCUUAUCGUCCAGAUGGAAGAAUUGGUGGAUUCGAGGGAUUUUAACUUUAGCUAUGAUUUCAUUUUUUUUCCUGGUCAUAUACAUGGGAUCAUUUAUGCUGAUGCUGCUUGUCAUGAGCAUACAAGUCAAGUGUUUCCAUGAAAUCAUCACUAUAGGCUAUAGAGUUUAUCGUUCUUAUGACUUGCCAUGGUUUAGAACACUAAGCUGGUAUUUCUUGCUGUGUGUAAACUACUUCUUUUAUGGAGAGACAGUAGCAGAUUACUUUGCCACAUUUGUUCAGAGACGAGAGCAGCUUCAGUUCCUAAUUCGCUAUCACCGGUUUAUAUCCUUUACACUUUAUCUAGCAGGUUUCUGCAUGUUUGUAUUGAGUUUGGUGAAAAGGCAUUACCGUCUUCAGUUUUACAUGUUCGCAUGGACUCAUGUCACUUUGCUGAUCACUGUAACUCAAUCCCAUCUUGUCAUCCAAAAUCUGUUUGAAGGCAUGAUCUGGUUUCUGGUUCCAAUUUCAAGUGUUAUUUGCAACGACAUUGCUGCUUAUAUUUUUGGAUUCUUUUUCGGCAGAACUCCAUUAAUUAAGCUGUCUCCCAAAAAGACCUGGGAAGGCUUCAUUGGCGGCUUCUUUACCACAGUUGUGUUUGGAUUCAUUGCUGCCUACCUUUUGGCUCAGUACCAGUAUUUUGUAUGCCCUGUGGAAUACAACAGUGAAACUAACAGAUUUGUCACAGAGUGUGAACCAUCAGAACUGUUCCAGUUACAGAAGUACUCCAUACCACCUUUGCUGCAGGUUCUGCUGAGAAGAGAAACAGUGAAUCUGUAUCCAUUCCAAAUGCAUAGCAUCGCUUUGUCAACUUUUGCAUCCCUAAUCGGGCCAUUUGGAGGCUUUUUCGCUAGCGGAUUUAAAAGAGCUUUCAAAAUCAAGGAUUUUGCUGACACUAUUCCAGGCCAUGGUGGAAUAAUGGACCGUUUUGACUGUCAGUACUUAAUGGCUACUUUUGUUCAUGUCUAUAUCACCAGUUUCAUAAGAGGCCCUAAUCCCAGCAAGUUACUGAAACAGCUGUUGGUGCUCCAGCCAGAACAGCAAUUAAAUGUUUAUAAAACUCUAAAAUUGCACCUCAUUGAAAAGGGGAUCCUUCAGCCACCACUGAGGGGAUAGAAGGACUGAGAGAUGCAUGGCAAGAGAAGCACAACUGGAAAUGCAGUUUCGCUUGUAUAGAGCAAGAUGCAUUGGACUGAAGCCAGACUGUGGGUCUGAAGAUAUGAAUGUCUGUUUACUGAGAUUACUGUGAAUACCCAGGAAGCCAAGCAAGUUUUAAGUUCUUUUCAAACAACUGCAUGUUUUUGUUACCCAGUUCACUUUCUCAGGUUGUCGAAAAGAGACAACCUCCCUUGGUUCUCAGCUUCAGUUUUUAAAAAGUAACAAUUUGUUUUUAAAUGGUGAAGCACACACUCCUUCUAGAAUAGAAUAAAUAAAGGAGCACUGGAGAGCAUGCAAUUAAUUUAUAAAAACCCAUUUUAGUGCAAUGCUAUUAUAUUAAUGACUCCAGUUCAUUUAAUGGCACUCUAUAUUACUGUGUUGGUAUCUCAAUUUUAGUUGACAGCAUAACUAAAUAAUAAUCAAAUGGCAAUAGAGGCAGUUUUAUCCUGUUAUGUGUCCUCCAAAAAUAGGAAAGGAGCCUGUAGUGGGUAAAACCCAUAUGUCAAAUAUCUUCUGGGUUCCUCAGGUUGGUUUGUUUCUGCUGGAAAAGCCUGGAGGGGGCAGGGGAGGAUGGCAGAAGCAAAUGGAAAUGAGUGGGUCCUUGUGAAAGUGAAGUACCAUUUUGAGGUGGGAGGAAGACAUUUCCCUGCUAGAAUCACAAAGAUAAUUUUGAAGCACAAAACAUCUAUGUGAGUUGGCCUCUUCUUUAUCAGCAAGCUUAGUCCAGGACUUUUGGGCUCCAAGGAUUGGUGACUCUUGAAAAAUGUGCUCAUUUGUGCCUCAGUGAUGAGAUGUGUUAAAUGGAAUUUUUUCCUCCAUUAUGUUAAGUGCAAUAUGUGAGCAAACUCAGCCUCAUUGAGCCCAUUUUCAUGAAGACAAGGUGGCCUGUUGGCUAAGUUGAAGUUCUAGGGUGGGAGAUGAAUCUGGCUCUUCCAUCACUAUUGAGACCUUCAAGCCAUUUGGUAAGCAACAUACCUGGUCCAGCCGUGUGGGAGGAGCAGUGCUUCUGGACAUGCUCAGUGUUAGCCAACUAUCUCAAGAUUCCUUAUGCAGGUCUGCAUGAAAUGUGGCGUUUCUAACAUUCGUGGCAUGAGUUGCUGCUUUGUAAUUUCUUUUAUCAUGUAAUAAUUCAAAACUAUAUUUUAAAAGCAAAUAAAUUUUAAAAAAACCUUUAAUACACACAAGCCAAAAACAUAGUAUGGUAGUGAUUCAUGUAAUAAGACUUCAGGCAUCAGAAGUGUAAUCCUGGUAGCAGCAUCUUCUGUGAAAACCUCAAUGAAAUGAAAGGGAGCUGUGCUAGAGCAAUUUGUGCCAGUGCAGUUUCCACUUAUAUUAAAUGGGCUUGUGCAAGACAACCUUCAAAGAGGAUUGUAUGCUAGGAACAAAUCUUCUUUUCCAUGAACUACCAAGGCUUUGUAUUUUGUUGUAAGGUGGUAAUUUCAGCCUUGCCUGGUACUGCUUAGCUUAAACCAGGUAGCAAAAGUAAUAAUGCAUUAACUUCUGACUCCUGCAAGGAUGAAAUUACUUAUAUUACUCCUGAAACUCAUUUAACCUUGAACCAAUUCUAUCACAACAUUAGAAAUGGUUCUAGAGUAAGUAUACCACCAAUAUUUAAAGAAUGCUUCUAAAUUUUAGAAGGCUUACCUCACACUUUACUAAACAUGUUCCGAACUUUCUUUGGUGGUAAAAGAAAAGCUGUCAUGUUUGUUCAUGUGCUUUCCCUGUUAAUGGCGAAAUUGAAUACAGAAGGCUCUGGUGUGAUUUCUUAAGCUGAAUGUUUUUGCCCUCUUGGGGAACUGUACUACUGUUAGUAUGGGAAAAGCUCCUUACUAUGGGUUCCCCCCCAACCACUAUAGAGCCUUGCUAUUACUGGAGAGGCACAUAGUAGGCACACUUACUUUGGCAGCAUGUAAUAUCCAUUUUGAGACCAUGAGGCUCGGUAUAGGUCCUCUUAAGAACCACAAAAUAACAUAUACAUUUACACUCGUACGAGAUGCAUGUGGUAGUGGGUCUUUUGAAGAAGUCAGAUUUUGCCGCUUGUAAAGUGUAGUACAUGGUGGGUCCCUUCAGUUGACACAAUGGCAUAGGGACUGUACUCUCAGUGAGGAGGUGAGUGGGACAACAUUUGCAUUUGCCCUUGUGUGGAAUACCUGUGGGUAUCCCUUAUUUAUUUGCAGAACACCAUAGUGGGUAGUGGCAGCAGAUGAAAUUGUGUUUUAAAAUAUAUGUCACCACCUCUCUUCCAGGACCUUUCUGUGCAUGUGCAGCUCCUUUAGUUUCCUAAAGUGCUGUGGUCACCUCUCAGACUAAACAACCCCAUGGGCUUGGCUCUUAAACUGGGAAAGCAGAACAAAUCAGUCUAAACCUAGGGAGACAGCCUAGCUAACUGAAAAAUAAUGCUACUGGGAUCAGUUUUUAAGAUUUCAAUAGGAAUGUUUGCACUGAAGUAAGUAGUCGUAGGCCUCUGAAACUUAGAUCUUAACAGUUUUUCUUAGAAAAUAUUCUCCCAAAUUACUCCGUCCUGAAAGUAACACAAUGUAAAAUUUAAUUUUAUUGUAGAACUGUAACAUUUGGAUUGUUCUGGUGUAACAUUUUUAACAUUUGUAUUGAAACAAGAUUGUAUUUAAGCCAUUAAAUUUAAGAGAGGAGCUGAACCUGGCCGCUCUGUUUGCACUGUUAAAGAACCCAUUGUAAAAUGCUGCUAUUCAUUAAAAGUGAAAUGUUUUUGGAUGUACUCUUACUGCUUUAGAAUCUCUUUGUCUCCAGAAUACUGUUGAAAAAGGGCUUUCAGUGUGGUUUUCAGAGACAAUGUAAGAGUAUUACGUGAAAUGAGUGAACACACACUUCAGGUAUACAAAAUAACUAAGUGUUGUAUGGUUGUGGCAAAUGCCUGUAUGAAAUGGUGCCAAUAGCAAACCUUUUGCCAAGCUUGAUGGUGUCAGACAAUUUUAAUUAAAACUACUGAAAGCUUUGAGGGAGCUGCUCUCUGAACUGCAACAGCAUCAGUACAUUCUUAAUGUGUUGGACUUUGUUAUAAAAAAGGGGAAAGGUUUGUCCCUUCUGUAUUGAAAUAAACAGUGAUGGAAACCCCUUUGAUAUUUUAUUUUGAUCUGCUCUUCUCUUGGGUAAGACACCUCUGCCUUGUUUAGCAAAACUGUAGAAAAUCUUGUGUAUAUACUGUAAAUGUUGAGCAUACAAAUAUGUCUUAGUUUACUUUUGUAGAGAUGGGCUUGGGGAUAAUAAAGCUCUAAUCAAA